GCUUAGGAAGUAAAUUCUGUAUGCAUGAAGAAGGCGCUGAGCGGCACCACCAACAGUGCGAGGCGGAGUGCGGUGACCCCCCCGUGCGGCUCUGCCAUGCUGGCCUGUUAGCCAGGACCAGGGACCUCGCCUUCCAGCUUCUCCCUCAGCUGCAGAUGAACACUGGACUUCAGAAAUGGGAUACUACACAGAAGAUGAGAUCUGCUCAGCAUCCUACUCCUGCAGAAUUGGAUGCUUAUGCUAAGACGGUUGCCAACAAUCCCCUGACAAUAAAAAUCUUUCCAAACAGUGUAAAGGUUCCUCAAAGGAAGCAUAUCCGCCGCACCGUGAACGGACUAGAUACAUCAGGCCAGCGUUACAGUCCAUACCCUUCGCAGGUCAGCACAAAGGCAGGACUUUUGGCAAUUGUCAAGUCCCCAGCUAAAAGUGUUCUGAAAGGCUUUGACGGUGCACGUGCCCGGCUCUUGCCAGACUCUAUGAUGAAUCCCCCUUCCGCUCCAUAUGUUGCACCUAGCACUUUAAACCACCCUCAGGGGCUUGCACGCCCCCAGCAAGCUCUGCAGCAUGCGCAGGCCCUGCAGCACGCUCAGAGCAUGCAACAGCAGACUUUGUCACACUCGCAGAGCCUUCCACCUGGACUGCAGCAUCCACAAAGCUUGCCACACCCUCAGACAAUGCAGCACCCACAGGGCCUGCCACAGGGGCUGCAGCAUUCUCAGGGUCUGCAGAAUACGCAGAGUAUAUCACAGCAACAGGCUCUUCAGCACACGCAAGGUGUGCAGCACACGCAAGGUGUGCAGCACACGCAAGGUGUGCAGCAUACACAGAGUAUGUCACAGGCACUGCAUCACGUGCAGGGACUUCCACAGACAAUACCACGCCAGCAGAGCAUGCCACAGGCUCUGCAGCACCAACAGAACCUCCCACAGGUCCUGCAGCACUCUCAGAGUAUGUCGCAGGCGCUGCAGCACACACAGGGAAUGCAGCAUCCGCAGAACAUGGGGUCUCAACAUUCGCAAAGCCUGCCCCAACAGUCUGCAUUACAGCAUGCCCCUGGAGUAAGUCACCAGACUCUGCCGCACCCUGCCAACAACAUUCUGCAGCCAGGUUUACAUGGAGCGCGAAAGUUGCCUGAUGCCGAUGCCCCUCCGAAUGUGACAGUGUCUACCUCAACUAUUCCUCUUUCUAUGGCUGCAACCUUGCAGCAGAACAGACCACCAGACCUUGGCAGCAUUGUGCACCAGAUAAACCAGUUCUGUCAGGCCAGGGCUGGCAUAGGCACUACCUCUGUUUGUGAGGGCCAGAUCGCCAACCCCAGUCCCAUCAGUCGUAACCUGCUUAUCAAUGCAAGUACUAGGGUUUCCACUCAUGGCAUCCCCAUGCCUUCAUGUGUUGGGACAUCCGUAGACCAUGCUGCUGCUGCUGCUAUUUCCUCUGCUGCCUCGGGAAAUGUCCCCAUAAUGACCAUAAGCAGAGUGCCUGCUUCAUAUCCUGGUGAUCUUAAACCCAUGGCAUGGAACCAACAUCAGCUUACACAUCUGCAACAAAUGUGUGGAGAAUCUGGUGGUCAUUCUGGGAAACAUACUCAGAGAGAAAUUGCUGCCCAGGGUUUUCCUGGUAAGCAGACCCCCUACCAACAAGAACUGUGCAUGAGCCAGUCUUUUGGCCUAAAACCCCCAAUUGAAAAACCUACUCCUUCCCCUCCUGUGAAUGGAUUGCCGGGUCCCUUGCCGUAUACCAAUGGACACUAUUUUCAGCCCAUAUGGAAUAACAUUUUGCCUACUCCGAACAGCGACAGUUCGGGAUCGCAGGACCUUACCAUUUUCCACGGAGCACAGGCGGCUGGGGCACCCUUGGAUUGUGCUGGGGGUGCUCACUAUAGAGGCGUUGGGGGAGGAUCAUCCAACCAGAACGGCUUGAUGCAGACCAUGGAUUACCUAACUGGAGUGGACUUUCAGCAGUCCUGCUUCAGAGAUCAGAGCAUGGCUCCACAUGCAAAGAUUCAAAGAUCCCAAAUGAGUAGAGCCCCUGAGUCAGCUGAUAGUCGAAGUAUUCACAUUCAGCAUCCAGGGUAUAGAGUGCUGCUAUUGGUCUUCAUUCUGGCAGAGGCUAAUGGCAGAAUAUCCAUAGCACAGUAAGAAUCUUUGGACUAAGAGAUGACGUGCUGGCUGGUGUUGCCUUAUAUUUAAUAAAAAGUGAAAACAAUAUGGAAAUGCAAGUUAUCAUGCCUAUUUUCUGUCAAAUAACAGCAAGAAAUGAAGUUCUUAUUUAUUAUUUCAAAUGGUGUCAUGAGUAGUCACCGUUUCCAGUGCUGGAAAUCUUAAUGUGAGACUGACGCUGUCAUGUCAUGCAAUAUUUCCCAAACAUGUUACCUCCCAAAAGCCACGGUUUCUUCCACCUCUUCCUUCAUUCCAUCCCUUGCCUGGGCCCUGACUUUUAAAGUGAUAUCCUUUUUAUGUUGGACCCUGUAAUCUGUAUUUUACCAUCCAAAUACAAACCGCCUCCUCUAAUAAAAAAAAUAAAAAUAAAAAAUUG